AUGAGUGUCGUAGUGAGAGUUAACUUGUUCUCAAAUCCAUCGAUUUCGUUACCCUCGAGGGGUUUCUCUGUCACUUCUUCGUCAUGUCUCUAUGUUGGUCGGAAAAUUCUCCGACCAAGCUCCGAUCUUUACCUGAGGCAGCGGUAUAAUUCCAAUGGGAAACGCCGAACCAAACCGUUAUUAGCUGUUAUAGCAUCGAGUCGCGUACCAGAGCUUGAUUCUUCUUCUGAACCACUUCAAGUGUUCGAUGGAUCAACAAGGUUGUACAUAUCUUAUACUUGCCCAUUUGCUCAACGUGCGUGGAUUGCUCGGAAUUACAAGGGUCUGCAAGACAAGAUAGAACUCGUACCGAUUGAUCUCACGAACAGGCCUGCUUGGUAUAAAGAGAGAGUUUAUGAGUCUAACAAGGUGCCUGCAUUAGAGCACAAUAACCGUGUAAUUGGAGAGAGCCUUGACCUGAUUAAGUACAUUGACAGCAAUUUCGAAGGGCUUUCACUUACACCUGAUGGUCCAGAGAAGCAAGCAUUUGCGGAUGAGUUACUCUCCUACACCGACUCAUUUUCCAAGGCCGUAAGAUCGACGCUCAAUGGUGACGACAAUGAUGCAGCAGAUGCUGCAUUCGACUACAUUGAGCGGGCUCUUUCCAAAUUCAAAGAAGGGUCUUUCUUCCUUGGCCAAUUUAGUUUGGUUGAUGUUGCAUAUGCUCCAUUCAUAGAGAGAUUUCAGCUUAUAUUCAAGGAUGUAAUGAAUGUGGAUAUCACAUCUGGUCGGCCUAACCUCGCCCUAUGGAUUCAGGAAGUGAACAAGAUCGAAGCUUACACCGAAACCCGUCAAGAUCCACAAGUGAUAGUUGAAAGAUACAAGAAACGAGUCCAAGCAGGACUCCGUCUCUAA